UAUAUUCCUGGUAAUCGAAUAACUCAUCUCCCAUCAUAUUAUAUCUGAUUAAAAAAAAAAAGAAAAAAAAAGCCGACCGCGUCUGCUAUUCAGAGAGAAAUUCCCAUUUUCUUUUUCUCUGAAGUAAAUCGAUAGAGGUGGGACUAGGCCAAACCAAGACUUCAACGGCCAACCUUUCGAAAUAAGAAGGAUUUUGUGGAUUUUCCUGCCGAUAAUCUAUCUAUUUUUCUCUUGGAAACUCUCGAAAUAAACAAUGGACUAAUGGUCAAGAUUGUAUUUCCAUUACAGACGGAUUUGAUGACUAAAAAACGCUUCUUCGUUCUUGUGAUUUACGAGGUAGAUAUAACGCUGAAAUCAUACACCCUUUGAGCCUCUAUGAGUCUAGACUAAUGGACUGUGGCAAUCGUUACUGUUUUAUUAAAAUGGCAACGCAUCUUCGCUCUUGACUUACGAGAUAUACCAUAAAAUCACACACCCUUUGAGCCUCUAUCAGCACUUCUUCGUUCUUGUGAUUUACGAGGUAGCUAUAACGCUAAAAUCAUACACCAUUUUAGCUUCUAUGAGUCUAGACUAAUGGAUUGCAGUCAUCGUUGGUGUUAUGUUCAAAAUUGAAAUGGCCUGAUGUCAGCACGGAUUCUUGUCCUUCUGAACAAGUAUAAGGUGGGUGGGUUAUGAAUGGGAUAAAAGCCAUUGGUAAGACAAUGUAAUUGUAGGGUGCUCCACAGAUCACACCUUCAUCACAAAAACUGGUCUCGCGUUCAGUUUGCUUUUUUGGACAUUUUUUCAUUUAUCUGUGUAUUCAUUCAUUGGGGACAGUAUAGUUUCUUUCAGUCUCACUUAUUAUAUUCUAAUGCUGUAUAACUCAUCUUUUCAGUUUAGAGAUGCAGAUAUAACCAUAACUACAAUCUGUAACCGAAAUAGAUAGGUCUAGCUACCUUUAGGUCAGCGACUAGGUUUUGAUGGUGGCAAAUUUGACUUGACCCUCUGUGUAAUUGGUCAUAUGACCCCCUGACCUGACCUUAUUUCAAGUUCUUGAGGUAAAGUUUGACACGUACUACGGUAUUUUAAAAUCAUAGGUCUAACUCUCUGGGUACGUAGAUAUCUACGUCUCAAUUACACGGAAUUAUGACGUCGUUUUUCGCUUUUCUAACGAAUUAGAGGAGUUAUAACGAAAAAUAUUCCAUUACAUCGUCGUCAUAAAAGAAUGACGCAAAUUUCUCGCAGGCAGCGUCAUGCGUUCGUCAUCUGACGCGUAGAUGAUCACUCUCGCUAUAGAUGCUGUAAUCAGUGGCGCUGCAAUGACCUCAUUCAUUUUUAUUCAUUUCACAUUGUAGAUAUUAUCUACGGUUUAUUGACACUCCAGAGGACGAAGACCGAUGGCUCAAAGGCAGACCGCGCCUCGGUCUCAUUUCGAGGAUGACUGCUAAAAAAAACAAUAACAACUAGUUUAUUGUAUCUCACGCAUUCCGCCUCUUUCUUGUUUUCAUGCAAGUGACGUAACACGAAAAGGUAGUGUGUAAAAGGGAGACAGUAAUGCUACUCUGCAUUUGUAUAUGUUUUUUUUAUAUAUAUAUACUUUUUUUCUUCAAUGAAGGCUUAGCUCUAGAUGGUGUAAGCCUUUUGAUUAUCAGAGUAUUUGGGAUUCAGUCGAUAGGCCUAUAGUUGCAGCCUAGGAGAAUAGGCUAAAUUCCAGAUUUACAUUUUACUAUCAAAGUCAAGAGCACAGUUAUUAUAAUAUGUUAUUAUAAUUUAUAAUACACUGAAGCCCCACUCAGGAAUCGAACGGGGGACCUCUCAUUGAUGAGAAACGAGUACCAACCGUUAGACUAUAUGAAGAGAGAGAGAGAAAGAAACAGAGACAUGUAGAGACGGUAUAUUGCUUACAGAACAUCGAAUAAAAUUGAUUACCUGAUGAAUUCAAUGAAAAAUAAAAAGGGGAAAUAAAUGAAUUAACACGUUAUGUCGGUUUCAGCCAAACGUCGCGCACCUUUGUUUUGGGUCUGGAAAGGAAAAGGUCCAGCUAUAAGGCGAGGAGGACCACACCUCCCAUACGAAUACCGGAAGAAGGGGAGGGAGAGAAUUUGGGCAGUUCGGUUUCCUCUAGUUUCCUAAAAUUCAACGUCAUGAUUUCGUCCUCCUUUUCGUAUAAAAAGACGAUCAAAUCUUUGGGACGUCAUCAAAUCACAACCUUCGAGGAGAAGAAGAAGAAGCAUCGAGAGGAACUCGCUUUGUGUUUUGGAAUCGUUCUAAUCUUCAACAAAAACGAUGCUCAGCUCAUUCAAGGUCUUGGUGGUCCUGUCGUGGGCGUUCUUCUCCCCGGCGUCUGUCAACGGGCAUGGGUACAUGACGUCACCUGCCGCCCGUAAUUCCGCCUGGAGGUUUGGAUUCGACACGACGCCCAAUUACGGAGACAACGAGCUCUUCUGCGGAGGGCGGGAGAAAAUGCAUUUCUCAAACGGCGGACGAUGCGGCGUCUGUGGGGACGACUGGAGCCUCCCUCAGCCUCGACCCCACGAAAGGGGAGGUCGAUUCGGUCGAGGGGUCAUCACGGCCAACUACACCGAGGGUCAGGUCGUACCUGUGACCAUCCACCUCUCGGCCAACCACAAGGGCUGGUACGAGUUCCGUCUUUGCAACAACGACAACCCUGCAGCGGAGGACUCGCAGAGGUGCCUGGACAAGCAGCUCCUGCAGAUGGCCGACGGUUCAGGCUCGAGGUACUACUUGGAGGGCGACGUCAGGGGCAGCCACACGGUCCACGUCCAGCUGCCCGACCGCCUCUCCUGCAGCCACUGCCUCCUGCAGUGGACUUGGGUUGUGGGGAACUCUUGGGGAACCUGUCCGGACGGGUCAGGUGCCAAUGGUUGUGGACCCCAGGAGACGUUCGUCAAUUGCGCUGACGUCAGCAUCUUCCCCAAACACCAGUUGAACCAAAACUCUAUCCCCAGGAAGCCAGUUCAUCCAAAAUUUCCUUCGCACAAGCCGUAUUGGUGAAUGGAGUUAUACCUUUUCUCAAAGGAAGCGAUGAUUCUGGUAACUAAGAAUCUUCUAGAAAACGUACUCUCCUUCUGAGUAUUUUAUUGUGAUCAUAAA